CAUUCCCUACAAAAGCUUCUCAUUGCCAUAUUCGAACAGAGCAUCAAAUCGACGGACUCUGUUACAAAUGGCGAAGCCAAAGAGCUCAUUCCCCACUACUCCACCACCACUUUCUUCUUCAUUUCCGUCCACCCGACCGGUUUCCGGUGCCGGACCGGCUCAACCAGACCCACCGCCCCGCAAGAGAACCAGAGACUGCAACAGACAUCCUGUUUUCAGAGGCGUACGGAAGAGAAGCUGGGGUAAAUGGGUGUCGGAAAUCCGCCAGCCGCGUAAGAAAUCCCGAAUUUGGCUCGGCACUUUUCCCACGCCGGAAAUGGCAGCGCGUGCACACGACGCAGCUGCGUUGUGCAUUAAAGGUGACUCGGCUAUCCUCAAUUACCCUGAACUCGCCUCAUUUUUGCCCCGCCCCGCGUCGCUCAUGCCGCACGAUAUACAAGCCGCCGCCGCUAAAGCGGCGGCGAUGGCCACUGCAUUGCCGUCGCCAUCGGAGGAGGAGGAGCUUAGUGAGAUUGUGGAGUUACCGAAUAUAGAAGACGAUUUUGGUACUGAGUCACUGAACGAGUUCAAAUUGGUUACUGAAUCGUGGGAAUGGUGGGAGUACGUGGCAAUGCCGUUGGCGGCAGAAUUCGGCAGCUGUUCUUUCUCCGACCAGUUGGCGGCGGAGGACAGUUUAUUCCCCUGCAGCUUUUAUGGUGCUCUGUGGGAUUAAUUACCGCGGGAUUGCCAGGUAAAAUUGGCGACAAUUCACGCGGUAAAAAAAUAUAUAAAUUAUCGCUUUACUCCAUAGCCAUUAGUCACCGAGGUUAUUUAAAUUUUAAGGAAAAAAAAAUAAUAUAAUUGAUAUUCUUGUAAGAUAUUAAAAAUGUAUUGAAAUUAAAUACUGUGAUAUAUUUGUUAUUCUA